AGUUUUUGGGAUCAAAUUGUAUUGUAGGAGUGGAAGGGAAGCCCAGUGCCGCUCCGGAUGUAUGUGCAGUACAGCGGGCAGCUACCAUACUAUGCGCAGCCAGCGCAGUACCAACAGCCUGCAUAUGCAGGUGUAAGUGCUGGUGUGCAGCAGCCGGUGGUGCAGAUGCCCCAGCAAUACCCUGCAACGUAUUCAGGCUACGCCGGUGGCGCAUAUGUUGGACAGCCACAGGCAAGUCCUUCGCCUUAUGGGCAAUUUGCACAGUAUGGUCAGCUGCAGGUCCAACCACAAUAUGCUCAGUUGCAAUACCAGCCGCAGCUGCAGCCAAGUGUGCAGCCACAUGCGAUACCGCAGACUGUGAUGCCAGAGGGAGGCUUUGGACAGGUGAUGCAGCCGAUCGGCCAGCCUGCAUACAUCCCUGCUGGAUAUGCGAAGCCUGGAGAAUUGCAACCUGCUUCAGUGCAAAUGCCUGGAGCGCAAAGAGUGGGUACCAACCUUACACAAGUAACUGGUCCUGAAGGUGAAGAAGAUGAUGACCCUAACCGCCUUCCGACUUUUGUCAAGGUGCGUGGCCUUCCAGCAGAGCAUGAUCCACGCAUUGCUCGUCGACCCAGGCCGAAGAAGAGAGCUCCUGGCAUUUGCUGCGCAUAGGUGCUCUUGUUCAUUUCCUUGAGUGACCUGGGGACUAACAUCCACAGGAUGAUUCGAUAUUGGAGUGACAAUGUUUCACCCAUUCCCGACUGCCCUUUGUUAUGUACGAUG